AUCUCAUGUGAUCUAAUCUUCUCAUUCAUAAGUUCAAUAUAUAUCCCACAUUCUCGCUUUGAAUUCAAAAAGAGGAAUAUCAUAUCAGACUAUUAGAGCGAGAUCAUGCUGUAAGUUUGUGCGCGCUGGUAUAUAUAAGUUGUGACACUGUAAAACGUACAUUAAACUGAAUACAGGGAUCUUAUACUUCAAGAUAUGAUUUCAAAUACUGAAACUUUCUUUUUUUGUAUUAAUCAUUUUAAAAAUAUUCACAUUUUGAAUGUGGUGUUUCUAAAAAUACAGAACAGAAACAACGGGAGUCUGGAAAUGUUUUGUAAAAAACCACCUUGUGAAAAAUCCUACAAGUAACUGGUUAAUGAUUAGUAACAUGAUCGGCUUUAUAAAUAGUAUUGCAGAAUAGUGCAGUCUUUCAGUAAUAAAAAUGGAGAGUGAUUAACUACUGGUCAGUGUGAAAGAAAGUCUGGGCAAAUAUAUAAGACUCUAUUGAUCCUGAACAACAUAUAUACACCUUUCUGAGCAACUUUGAUGUUGCUUAUUUCAACAAAACAAGUAAAAACUGCAAGGUGUUUCUAGUAACAUGAUUUGAUUCAGUAAUAAAAGGGUGUGGGUGCAAAGCCCUCCUGUCUGUAAUUCUUGAAUAAUGAAACAGAAAGUACAACUCAAGACAUCCCAGGCUUCUGAAGAACUGAAAUCUUUUGUCGAGACAGAACAAUAAAACACUUAAACGUUUAAAACUACUCCUCAGUUCCCAAACACUUUCAGAGCAUUGUUAAAGGAAGAGGUGAGAGAACGCACAAUGUUGUGUUUGUAGAAAUCUAUAUAUAAAAAAAGAGUAUGAAUUAUUUGAGUGACAUUGCCUUUUCUUGUUGUAUGGAAACAGCAGAGUUUUCAUUACUUACUAGUUUAUGAAGCCCCUUUUCAAUACAUUGUGUAAACAUGUAUGUAAUUGCACUUUAUAUAUCAGUAAUAUACAAUUGGUAAUACCCACAAAACCUGUAUCAUCUGGCUUCUGCAAACAUCAACCAAUAUGUUUUAACUUAGAGUUGUGACUGACAUUUUUCCAUACACAAUUAUUAUGAUUUCAUUGUGGAAUACUUCAUUUCCUGCUUUCAGGUGGUUGUUUUAUUCUGUCUUUGGUCCCGAUGACCUGCAUCAUCCUAUCCACUUCGCCAAUUCAAAUAGCUGUAUAUAAGUAAUUUUAGGAGUGUGAGGUGACAAGAUGAUGAAGCAUUUCACUUUGAUAUUCUGCUUGUGACUUUAGUUUAUUUGUAUUUAUAAAGCACUUUUCUAAACAAAGUUACAAAGUGCUGAACAAUAAUGAUUAAAGCAACAAAUAUGAAAAGUUAAAUAAAAAAAAUACAGUGGAGUAAAAGACAAUUAAAAAUUCAAAAAGAUUUGAUAAAGGUGUUUGCAGCUAUAGAAAGUCAAAUUCUAUUCAAUUCAAUUCAAUUUGAUUGCAUUUAUAAAGCAAAGUAUAGAUCCUUCAAAAAACCCAGAACCCCAACAAUCAGAAGACUCCUUUUAAAGAAGCACUUGGCACAGUGGGAAGGAAAAACUCCCUUUUAACAGGUAAAAACCUCUGGCAGAACCAGGCUCAGGGUGGGGCAGCCAUCUGCUGAUGCAAAAGACUUUAAAGCAUGAAAUGCCUCAAAACAGUUUUUCAAUCUAUUUUCACGUUAUAGUGAUUGAGUCUAUUAAAACACACACACACACACACACACACACACACACACACACACACACAAAGAGAGAGAAUAUAUGCACAUAUAACACGUGCUGAUGACGUGACCCAUCUCAUUACUCCGAAAACAUCAGUUCCAUAGAUUAUAAUUCAAUUUUCAAUAACAACCAAUGAAUUUCAUAUUCUGAAUAAACCCUUUUAAAUGAAACAUUUCAUCGCUUUCAAGCUAGAACUUUACAAUGAACGACCACUGUCAUCGGAUGUCAUUUACUUCCACUGUAGAAACACUAGGUGGAGCUAAACACUCACCACCAGGCGCCAUACUCGUAAUAACACAAUUUUGUACUACAGCACAAUGUUUUCUGGUGGUGGGCACCUCGAUAAUUUAGUAAUAACAAACAGAUUUCAAAGCAUAUAAGAAAAAGAAAACUAAUGCUGUCCACGGUGAAUUGGAAUAUUUAUGCUUUCGAAUUAUUGGAAACAGGCAAAAAGAAAAAUGAAAUAAACUGAAAAAAGCACUCCCUGGUCUGUAUCCCCACGUAAGCCCACCCCCCGCGAAAGUGAAAUCUGCCAUCCGUGCUGCAGUUCCUCUACAGUCUUUAAUUUGAAGUCACUCCUACCAGGACGCAUUUCCUCGGGCACAAGUGAGCGCUGGACCCUGCCGUCUUAUUAACGCACAGGUUUACUGACACAGCAGGACCCAAGGACUUUUGAAUCUAGUUAGCCUGAUUAAAAGCAGCUAACACUGACAUCAUUUUAUUGCACGGCUCCCUAAACGGAUGGCAUCGUAAUAAAAAAAAGAAAGUAAAAAAAGUUAUCACUCGGGGGAGAAUUCUCUGCGUAAAAGGGGACCGAGUAUGAAUGAUGUAUUGCGCAGAAUCUCGGCUCAUUUAGCCUACGAUUAAUUUACCGGAGAGAAGCGCAUCUCCAUCUCGUGGGAUGCGAGCGGGGCAUGUCUUGGCUGAAUGCUGUUGCGCGGUUUUGGUUAGACGGUGCCAAACUUGCGCAAAGAGCCCGAUUCUGCACAAGAACUGAUCGUUGCUAGUAAGGUGACCGAAAGCACACAAUGUCAGCCAUACGGCGGAAAUUUGGCGAGGACUACCAGGUGGUAAACACCAACCGGAGCAUGACUUUUUCCGCGCCGGUGAAGAAAAAGAGGCAGCGGUUUGUAGAGAAGAACGGCCGCUGCAAUGUCCAGCACGGUAACCUUGGGAGCGAAACCAGCAGGUACAUAUCUGAUCUAUUCACCACGCUGGUGGAUCUGAAGUGGCGCUGGAACCUGCUCAUCUUCAUCCUCACGUACACGGUGGCGUGGCUGGUCAUGGCUUCGAUGUGGUGGGUCAUCGCUUACAUCCGCGGAGACCUGAGCUACGGCGGCCACAACUCGUCCUACACCCCGUGCGUCGCCAACGUCUACAACUUUCCCUCCGCGUUCCUGUUCUUCAUCGAGACCGAGGCGACCAUCGGCUACGGCCACCGGUACAUCACGGAAAAGUGUCCUGAGGGUAUCAUCCUCUUCCUCUUCCAGUCGCUACUGGGCUCCAUCGUGGACGCUUUCCUGAUAGGCUGCAUGUUCAUCAAGAUGUCGCAGCCUAAGAAGCGCGCGGAGACGCUGAUGUUCAGCCAGGACGCGGUCAUUUCGCAGCGGGACGGGAAGUUAUGCCUCAUGUUCCGAGUGGGAAACCUGCGAAACAGCCACAUGGUGUCCGCUCAGAUCAGGUGCAAACUCAUAAAGUCUCGGCAGACCCCAGAGGGCGAGUUCCUGCCUCUGGAUCAGUGUGAACUGGAUGUAGGUUUCGGGACGGGGGCAGAUCAGCUUUUCCUAGUGUCACCUUUGACUAUCUGCCAUGAGAUCAACAGCAAGAGCCCGUUCUUCGACCUGUCACAGCGCUCGCUCAUGAACGAUCAGUUUGAGAUUGUUGUCAUUCUGGAGGGCAUCGUGGAGACCACUGGUAUGACAUGCCAGGCAAGGACAUCUUACACUGAAGAUGAAGUCUUGUGGGGUCAUCGCUUCCUCCCUGUCAUGUCUCUUGAAGAGGGCUUCUUCAGAGUCGAUUACUCCCAGUUCCACAACACCUUUGAAGUCCCCACACCUCCCUACAGUGUCAAAGAGCAGGAGGAGAAGUCCUCCCUGACGUCACCCAACCCCCUGCCUGUUGCGCCUACUCCCCCUUCGCCUCUGUUGAGGAACAGCAGCCGAGUAGGCCGCAGGGAGAGGCUCCUGUCAGCUGACAAUGCAGACCAUGUAGACGAUCAAGUCUCCAGGCUGCCCAGCAAACUCCAGCGCAUGAGCUCCAGCAGGGAGGAGCAUCUCUGGAGGGGGCUGAAGACUGGGUCAGCUUUGCCCGGGGGGAAGGCCUCCAGCACAGGAGAUCUGCCGCUUAGUAUUCAGAGGCUGAGGUCCAGCUCCAUCCCUGUAGUGAGGCAAGGACAUCCGGAGGAGCAGGUCCAGCUGUUGUCUUUGGAUGGAGAAGCUGAGGAGAGUGAGCUGGAGAAGCACAGAUUGUCCACAGCCAUUAGCACCCUUGCUGCUCCAACCCCAGCACCAGUCCAGAUCUCCUUGGUAGGGAGUCGGCCAGAGGACAACUUGCCUCCCAAACUGCGCAGAAUGAAUGCUGACCGCUGACAUCUGCAAACUACCUUCAGGACUAAAACUAAUCUGAAAAAUUUAUCAGGCUUGAUGGGCAUUGCAUAUAAGUAAAGUCUACUGUGAUCUAAGUUUUUUUUUUGUAAUUUCUGCAGAUUCUCUCCAGUUUUCAGUAUUUCUUAUCAGGCUCUUUACUAAGUUGUCCAUUGCCACAAAUAGAAGGACAACACCAAUAAGCCAUCCAUCCGCUCAUACUGUGACUCAGUUUUGAUAUAUCACCAUCUGUGCCCCCCACUGACUUUUAACACUUAUGUCCUUGUGCUUGUUCCUUUCAUUUCUUUUCCCAGAAGUUGCAUCAAAGACUUUCUUAUGGUCUCAAACUGCUGUAUCCACUUUUUUAAUUGAACAAGCACCAAAGUGGCAGUUGUAAAUAAGACUGAUCAUUUGCUAAACCAGCUCCCUUAAAACAGUGACUGUCCAGUGGCUGCUUAGCAAAGAUAACCAGGCAUGGCAGGCCUGUCAAGCUUUGGAUUCACUUAUUAUUCUUGAUUUCUCUCAUAAUAAGUGUGCAGUGGUGUUUAAAUUAAGCCUUUACCAAACAUAAAACAAUGUGCAAAAGGAUAAGAAAGUGUUUGAGAGGUUUGCUCAUUUGUAUCAAUGUAAAACUUAUCUGUAGCAGAUGCUGUUUGCUACUGGACAACCUACUGUAGUAGUCAAAUACUACCUAAUCUCUAAAAACAGAUUUUGCAUAUGAAUAUGUACAAUCUGUAGGCAAGACACAAGAUUUCUGUACCAGGCACACUCUGGUUUCUUUUUGUAGUCUUUUUGUAGUCCAGGCGUACUUUACUAGUGAUGCGCCGAUAUGAUAUUUGGAUCAGAUUUUGGUCCGAGCCUAAUUCUAAAGGCUGGAUUGGAUAUUGUUUAAAACAAGAUGAUCUAUGACCAAUCUAUUCAUUUUUACUGUAUUUGAUUUACUCAGCAGCAACAGACUGGUUGCUAUUGGCCAAGCUAACAAAGCACUAAGUAAGCUAACAGCAAAGCAGCAGUUGAUGCUUUCUCUUUCUUGCUCCUUCACUUGUUUGGAAGCUUUUAUUACUCUUUAUUACACUCUUGGUUACAUAAUGUGCUUGUGCCAGCUCAACUUCACACCAAUAUAUCAAGGAGUAGUAAAAGCAGGUGAACUCAGAUUGAGAGGAAGUAAAGGAGAAACUAGCAUGAUUGUCACUGAAAGCAGUGUGCAGUAGGCUUGCACUGAGCUUGGACUAAUGCAAAUAAAUUAGGUAAAUAAUGAAAAUUAAAUUUUACAUUUUAUUCUUUUUUUCCUGUUGUAUUAUUUUAUUAAUAAAUAUAAAAUCAAGUACAUUUUUAUUCUUGGAUGCAUGUAUUUGUCAGGAAAGCAAGAUUUAAGCUGAGCCUGGUGCUAGCUAAAACAUAAAUGAAUGGUACUCUUCCUCACAGUGAGGAUUACAGUUUAUUGAUUUAACUCUGGUACUGGAUCAACAGAUACUCAAUGCCAAGAUCUCAGUAUUGGAUCAGAGUAAAAGCAGGAUUGGUGUGUCCCUAUUUUUGACUAACUUUGGUUGAUAGUCAUUUUGUAGAACAAUAGAGGAAUAUGCAUUUGCUAAAACGCAUCAGAUAACUAUCAGCUAUUGUCUAACAAUGAUUUGGGUUUUUAAUUGCUUUUUUGCCUGACAUCACAAACACUAAUCAGAGGAUGGAAGAAGAGAGUAAGGUUCUAAGACCAUCUCCUCUUUAAUUAAUUUAAUUUAUUUUUACGUAAAAUCCAGCAGCUUUAGCUUCAGUCUUUUUGCACAGUAUCAUGUCUGAAGGCAUCCAGUGCAUAUUUAGAUCAUUUUUUCAAGAUUAGACAUUGGUUUUUUUUUGCUAACAUUGACCUUUCAUCCCACAUGCAAAGCUUGCAUUAGCCUAAUUAGCUGGUUAACAUAAAGCUACAGAAAUGUAGCUCCUGCCUUUGUGCGUUUUAGUAGAAAAACUGGAUGAGUGCCAUACAAGAAAGCAACAGGGGGACAGGGUUUAACUUUACGCAAUUUAACCUGAAGUGGGUGAAAAAAAAAAUCACUGAUACACCUGUUACUUUAAUAUGUAUUUAGGACUACGAUUUAUUUGGAUGCUCAUAUGAGCAACCGCAUUACCUAUUGUGCAAUUUUAACAAUUUUUACCUCUUGGUGCACUGUUUGCAUUGGACCAUUACACAUGGGGUGCCAAAUGCAAUCACAAAUCAAUUUUAGACCGCAGAUUUUCUGUCAUUAUUAACUGGUUUAUCAGAAUGUAAAACAAUGUAGGAAUGCAGGCAGGAUGACGUCAGAGGAUCUGUGUAUUAUUGCCAAUAUAAAGGAAAGAUUACUUCAUAUUGCAACUGCUAAAUAAUAAAUUCUUUGAAAACACAACUGUGCCUAUUAGCACUGAUAAUUUUCCCUAUGAAAAAAAGCUGUAUUGCCUUUUCUGUUUGACUCAGUUUGUAUAUUUGCACACUGUGUUCAACAUCCAGAGCAGUUUCAUCCUGCAGAACCAUUCAGCAGCUCAUGUGUCACCUGCUGUGGUGGCUAAACCAGCAUUCAUCAAAUAUUAAAGCCUUAAACGUGAGCGUGAGUUUCUACUAUUUUGAAGCAAAUUUUAGAAUGACAAGCUAGAUCCUUCAGACAAAAUCUUCAGGUAGUUACCCCUGGCUGGAAGGUUAACUGAGUUAAAUCUAGCCCCUUAACCUUCUCCUCUGGCUGCAACUUCAAUUAUGGUGCCAUAAAUCACAGGUUAAACAAGCUUGGUAAGUGGCAUGAUUGCUGCUGACACAUGUACUCCAUAGGCAGAAAAUCUUGCAGAGAUUAGACUUAAACAUCAGAGGAUGUCAAGCGUUUAUUAGUCAUGCUGCAAAGAAUAGCAGAAGAAUGAAAUGUGAUUAUGUAACUAGUUGAGAGUAAGAAAUGACCUCCGUCCAGCUUAAGAUAAAAUUAACUCAGAUAAAUGGUGGUGGGAAAGAAUAAAUCAAAGACCAUAAUGCUGUAUAAUGAUGGACCAACUGAAAUAUGCAUUCAUUAUUCAGUAAUCAUUCAAAUGUGCUUGGAAAAAAAAAAGAUUAGUCUAAUUUUCAUUCAAAGGCACUUUCUUGAUAAAAAUUUUACAUAUAAACAGGACACAGUUUGCAUCAUUUGUAUUCACUGACUUAUUUCAUAUUUGGGUUAUGCUAAAAAACCAAUGAAAUUGCAUUUAAUCGAGCAAAAAUAAAACACAUAAUAAAAGCUUAUCACUACCUUGAAUAUCAUAAGAAGAAAAACAUUUAAGAGGAAAAUUGAAAUAAAAAAUUGGUAAAUUUACUGGAGAACAGUCACACAAUAAAUCGUUGGAAAAUUUGACUGAACAUACACUUAUUAAAGCUCACAGGCAAGUCUUAGAAUCGUAAACUGUUCAGUUCUAGCUUUGAUAAACAAUCUUUUUGUUUUUGAAAAGUAUAUGUAUUCUUUAUAUGGCGCCAAAUGACAACAACGGUCACCUCAACGUGCUUAAUACUGUACGAUAGAGUAUUAGUGAGAAAAUCCCAACAAUCAGAUGAUUUCUUAUCAGCAAGCUCUUGGCAGCAGCGGGAAGGAAAAAAACAUCCUUUUAGUAGAAAGAAACCUCCAGCAAAACUGAAGGCAGCCAUCUGCCUUGAUCACUUAUGGAUUGAGGGAAAAUAGAAGAGAAGAAAAACAGAUCAUAGAGAGGACAAAACACGUAGUAUGUGAGAA